UCUGUCUCUAGAGGGCCCUCCCGGGCAAGGAACGUGCAGCCCUCUAACGCAGACUCCGGGCUUUCUGCGUCCUCCAGUGCCCCUGUAGUCACCCGUCCAGCAUCUGGGUCUUCCCUGCGUCCAUCAACCAAUGCUCCAAUUAGACCUUCAUCAAGUGCACCUACGGUGAACGGGACCUCACGAGGUUCGUCUGGCCCAACAUCUGCAAGACCGGCUUCAAGUCUGUCCGCGGUACGACCAGCUUCAAGCUUGUCAGCUGUACGGCCUGCGUCGAGCUUGUCGACGCGACCAAGCUCUCGACUUACCCAAAGACCUGGCUCCCGUCUAUCCCAACGUCCCAUCUCGCGGCAAUCGACGCGUCUGGUGCCUUUCUACCAGACCUUGGUCACACAAGUGACGGGCCUCACUGCUGAGACCGACCACGAUAAUUUUCGGAUGGCUGUUGGGUUUGUCUCGAAGAAUCUCGAUCUGACUGCGAGGCCAUCGGGGAAUGUGGACCAGAAAGCGAUGGACAAGCACAUCCGAGGACAUGUACAGAAAGCCCGAGUCAACUCCCAUGACGUGCUGGCAGAUGCCCUUGAAGCUGUACAUCGCACGCUGAAGACGCAGGCGGAACAAAAUAAUGAUCUCGACUCAGAAAUCAAGACGUCUCGCUUCCCCACACAUCUGCAACUCUUGGUCGCACUUUCGAACGCGCCUGACGAGACCACUUUGAAGCGUGCACAAGAUUAUUUGGAUGGGCUCAGUAACCCCAAGGAAUCGGCUCCAGGUCUUACCUGGGAGACUAUUCUUGCUGAGGAACCAUUCGAAGGAGAUCACUGGGAGGGCGUCUAUCCCCGAGGCACCGAUGAUCACCUCGAUACGCAUAGUGGUGGUAGCACACCUUCUCUGUCGCCAUGGGACGACUCGGAUCUGGACGAAUCCCUGUCCUCGUCGGAGGUCCUCGACCCCACGGAGGACGGCCAACUUGAUCAAGAAGCCGGCGCUGAGAAACUGCGUUUCCCUCCUGCUGCGUACCGUCAUCGGCAAGACGUUGAGGACCUGCAAGCCCGGCAGUACUGGCGUCCAGGAUGGCGGACGGAUGCCCCGAUCGCUCGAGCUUUCAAUGUAGGCGAUGCCUCAACCUUAGGCCCUACGAUGUACCGAGUCCUUGGAAGUCAGAACACGAACGAGAUUGCUGGACCAUCAACACAGAGAUAUAUACAUGAGCACGAUGCGGUUCGUGAGGUCCUCAUGGCCCUCCAGGGAGAUCGGAAUAUGAUCCUGGAAUGGUCGACGAGCGGGAAGCACGCAUUCUCGUUUAUCCCUACGGAGAAGCUGCAGCUACUUCACUUGACUGCAGGUGCUCAAGCUUCUAUCUUGACCUCCUUCGCUCAGCUAGCAACUACGCUGCAACACCUGCGGAAGUUCGUUUCCGCGAUCUAUUCAAAAGCCGGGAAAGACGACAGGGCCUCAGACAGGCCUAUGCAUCUCCUCAACAUAUAUCGUCAAAGCACACUUACUCUCGAGGCCUUCUCAGCGGCGGUCGACGGCCAACUCCGAGCCUUCAACACAUGGUGUGCUGCCAAGGAAGAGGACAUCUCCCGCGCUCAAGCAGGGGUCGGCGAACCACUCGUCGUAAGCUUCCUCAGCCUGGACAAGGCGGUCAGAGAUACCUUCUCCGAUGCGUUCGCCGUCAUCCUCGACGUCCUUCGCGAGGUCACACGGCGCGCAUGGCGGACUGCUGAUACGGUGGUCGAUAUAUGGACGCUCCCGGAGCUUCCCAUGAAGAUGUCGCCCUCUACAUUCGGUGCAUUAUUGCUUGACUCGCUCCUUGUUACCGUCCAAGAGCAUGUCUCGAUGGGGGAUUACGUCUCGGCCGACGCUCUCAUGCAAGUAUUCAGCGAGUCCGCAGAGCCGAUGUGGAGCAUGGUAGGCCGCUGGAUGAAAGACGGUAUGCCCGUACGGGAGAUCACCUCGCACCAGAACAGUCGCCUCUCUGAUUUGGACGAGGAGUUCUUCGUUGAAGACAACGAACUCCCGUUACUUGACCCUGACUUUUGGACGGAUGGAUUCGUGCUGCGGGAGGAAGGUGGGGAAGGUGAGGGAGCAAGACGAACGGCGGUCCCUGUGUUCCUCAGCAGUGUGGCAAAAGGCGUCCUGGAUGCCGGCAAAGCUGUCGGGUUACUCCGCGUGCUGGAUAUUGCGGUGCUGCUGGAUCGCAAUGCACCUGGAUCCUGGAUGGCAAAGUGGCCGACAUUCUCCGCGUCACUCGGUGAAGCGAGGCAUGCAAGGAAUGGCGAAGACACCAGUCCUUUGGCGUCGAGGUUACUCUUCACGUCCACAGAAGAGCUCUCUCAAGCUCUGCAUGAUGCCGUGUGGCCACACAGUUCUUUGGCACAAGAAACAUUGCAAAGGGUACUGGUAGAAGAGUGCGACUUGAUGCUACACCUCUCGGCGAUCGAAAACGUCUGCUUGAUGCGUAGAGGGGACGCUAUGUCUCACUUCAUUGACAUCUUGUUUACAAAGAUGGAUUCUAGGCAGGCAUGGAAUGAUUUCCACUUCCUGAAUACCGCUUUUCAUGACGUCGCGGAGGCUGGGACACACCGCUGGAUCGAAACAUCUCUCGUGCGCUUCUCGCACAGAGGCAGCAAGGACAAAUCUGUCACACGGACGGUCCGAGCUUUCGAGGGUUUCUCACUCGAAUACGCCGUCCCCUUCCCUUUGACUUACGUCUUCGGACCGAAGGCCAUGCAGACGUACUCUUCUAUCUUCACUUUCGUGCUGCAGAUACGGCGAGCGAAGAGUGUGCUCGAACGCAUCCUUGUUCGGGGUGGGAUUGGGAGCACGUCGCGUCUGGCGAGCGAAAUGAAGGUAUUCUAUGCCAUGCGGAGCAAGCUAUCGUGGUUUGUGAACACGCUGCUGAACUUUGUAGCGACGAAUGUCUUGCAUGCGGAAGUACUCAGUUUCCAUAAAGACUUCCGGCAAACCAAAUCACUAAACGACAUGAUCCGACUACACGACGAACACCUUGCCAAAGUAGAAAGCCGAUGCCUUCUGCAGCGUGAUACCGCCGCCCUACAACGUGCAAUCAUAUCGAUUCUCGACAUGUCUAUUCACUUCAGCGAUUGCUUUGUCGCCUUCGCAGGAGACACGACGCACGACAUCUCGCGGCACUCGUUGAUCAUUACGAAGCGCCAUCGCAGUCGUCGUGCGAGACGUCAGAGGAGAAACGUCAUCGGAUUCUCGCAGAUCUCACAAGAGGGUGCCGAUGACAGCUCGGAGAGUGAUUCGGACCUCGACAACGACCCGCUGGCGGCGAAUGCCCCGGAGCCGUCGUUCUCCAUGGGUGCGUCGACGAUGUCGGCACCCGACGAGAGCUUCGUCGAUCGGCUGGACAAGAUGUCGUCAGAGUUGGACGCUCUGGUGCGAUUCAUCAGACGAGGGGUGGAGAGUUUGGCAGCAGGAUCUGGCGAGGCCGCGCCGACAUUUGGUGUAUUUGCUUUCGCAUUGGAAGACUGGGAUAGGUAAACAUACGGUGAGCAUUGUAGAAGCAUAU